AUGACUUCCGAAGAGAGCGGCGCGGCGGAGGCGUCGGCAGACGAGGUGUCGAUGUUGCGCACGGAGGUCGGCAAACUGGCCCAGGAGAUGCUGAUGCACCGCCAAGUCCUGGAGCAAUGUCUGGAGGUGCGUGAGAGCGUGCUGGAGCUUCUCCAACACCGGGAGUCCCUGGUUCAAUGCCUGGAGCUCCGGGAAGGAGUGCAGGCAGCUCUCAGCAGCACGCAGAUCAUCGGCGAAGUCGUGGAUCGCACGUCAGAGCUGGAUCUCUCACUCGCCGGGGUGUCGGACAACACGGCGCGGCACGGUCGAGCGAUUGCUAGCCUCACGGAGCAACAGCGACGCACCAGUGACACCUUGGAUGCCGUCGUUCGUGCGGUCAAGCGAUUAGACCGCAGCCGCUCGCGACAACGGGGUGUUGCUCGACAGGCCGGAUCUUCGGCACCAUCAGAGCGUGCGGCGUCCACCCGAUCCAUGCCCUUCUAUGAGCGGCAAGGUGAAGGAAUGGAUGAGGAAGAACGGCAUGCACUGGCACUUGCUUGGGCAGGGAGCGCACUUGCCGAUGGAACCCGGCCAUGCGGACUUGCGGCCAUGCAGCUUCGAUCUACAGACCAUGCGGUGGAUCUGCAGCCGCGCUUCUCCCCGGAGGAGUUCAGCUAUUCGGCCACCCUGGACUUCUCCAUGGAGACCUUCUCCAUUGACGCGGAGCCGGAAGCAGGUUGUGAAGUUGGUGGCCUUCCGAACCGCCCAUUCCUCGCCCCUUCUGUCGAAAAAGGCGGCAACCCAAAGGAGUCGAACAUCUGCGCGCGCGAUCCGGCGACGGGAGCCGAGCAGUGGUAUCGCGUUUCCGUUGCGAAGCUUUCGGGAGCAGAGACGGAGAUUGCCGGAAUGCGGGUUCGAGGAGGUGAGCUGGUUCCAGGAUUUCGGCCACAACAACGACUCUACCAGGUCCAACUCGACGUGUCACAUGAUUUCGUCGAGGUGGACUUUGUCUUGCAGGAUAACGGGCAGAAGGUUCUUUGGAAGGCGACGCCGGAAGUCCGACGCCAAGGCUUGAACAGCCAAAGCAGCAUUGUGAGAGCCUUGGUCAUGGAGACAGGGGAGCAGCAGCAUCACCAGAGGCAUGAGGUUUUUCCACUCGAUGUGGGCUUCAGCCGCCAACUUUCCCUGCACAUUGAGUCGGCAGAUCCCAUGAAGGCAGCUCAGGGUAUCUACACGAUUAACGUUACCCGUGGGGGGUGCAGCAAGCAGCGGCCGCUUUACAACCCGCAGUCGGGCAGUUGCCAUAUUGAAUGUCCGCAGGGCAUGUAUCCGAACCAGGAAGCCCGCAGAUGUUCAUAUUGCAACAGGAACUGUGCUGUCUGCGGAAGCUUCUCCGUCUGCGACCGGUGCUUCCAGGACACGGUUGACACCUCUUAUGUCCUGGACCAGAGCGACGGCAGUUGCACAGAGGUCAGGGGCAGCUUCUUCAAGAAGUAUUACUGGUGGUGCCUCUCCGGAUCGAUCUUCGGCGGGCUCAUCUUCUGCUUGUGUCUGGUCUCUGUCUGUGAGUGGUUGAGCAGAACCUGCUGCGCUUCAAGACGGAAGUUUCAACUCAAUUCAGACUCUGACAUCGAUUGA